AGCCAAGAAAAGGGAAAAAGAAAGCAUGAGGUGGAACACGCUGUCUGCAUAUCGGUUGAAUGCUAGCUGUUUGCAUGUAAGGAGGCCUGCCUCUCAAUUUCUUGAGGUCUGUCCAGAAGAACGGAAUAUAUGCUUAGAUUUCAGUGGAUCUCUCCGGGAACAAACAAUCCGUGGUGGGGUUUGCAUCCCAUCCCAUGCAAAGUACCUUUGCAAAGAAACGGCUAAAAUCAGGUGCCCCACUAACGUCAAUGGCUUCCAACCUCGAGGCCCAUUGAAGUUCGGCUCGUUCUCACCUAUUGGACAACCUACAAUUAACAAUAUCGAUGGGUGCUCUCUCAAGAAAAUCCCAAUGAGGGUGCUAUCAGGUCCUGCGUAUAGGAAACGCAACAAAACUCAACCCUGGACGGUGGAUAGAACCAACCAAAUCAUCAUUCGGCUUUCUCUUGGUAUUGUAAAUUUUUACCCUUUCUUUUCCCUCCUACAUAACAAAGAGGCACAUGCUUAUUAGCUUUUAGUUACUUGGAAAAUACUGCUCAUCAUUCCUUCUUGGGCCACUGCUAUUUUGUUUUGUAUUCAAAGAACACUUUCAUCAUAGCAUCAUAGUUCAUAUUUACUUGGAUAUAAUCUAAAGUCACACCUCCCUCCCCCUGGGAAUAUGACUUACAGUGGGUAGUGGCUAAUUCUUUCAUCAUUUUAAAAGCUCUUUCUUUGUGCACGUACAAAAAGGCAAGUAAGUUUCCUCUUUUGGAAGCAACA